UAUCUCAUUCCUUGUUUGAACCUGAAGAAUGAGGUUCUUUGUAGCUCUAGCCUCGUGCUUCUGUCUAGGGUUAGCAGAGCAAUGGAUGCCCCGGGAGCUGGGACGGUUUAAGCUCGGAAAUGCCGGAUUUAUUGAAGUUUUUACUGAGGAGGACGGAGCUAAUUAUCUAUAUAUCACAACCUUUAAUCCAGCUCUGCCAUUCUUCCAUGAUUCUGUGUACUUCAUCAAGAACCCCGGAGAGAUGCUGGACUCUGUCAGCAGCUGGGCGGAUAACCUGGAGCAGCUGGGCGGAGCAUCUACAGCCUACUGGCCCAACUACCCUGUCUACCUGCCUAAGGAAGUUAUGGGAUUCGAAGGGAUUGUUCAGACCUCAGGUUUCCUGGUCCCAGGUAAAACCAACGGACAUCUAGAGGUUUACGAUACCUCCAGCGGAGUCCCUGUCGGACCAUGGGAUAUUGCUGCAAACCAGGAUCAUGAUUGGUCCUACCACUGGGUUGUCUGGAAGGAUGUUGAUAAUGAUGGACUUCUUGAUGCGUUCACCGCCAGGUUCAGAGUUCCUCUGCUCGGAGGGGAUCCUAUCCGAGAGUUUGUUUGGUUCAAGAAUCCUGGAGAUACUAGACCAGAGAAACCAGGAAACUGGGAGUGGCAACAUUUUGUUCAGAUCAGUCAGGGACCCGAUGUUUACUUCGAGGAACAGAUUUUAGAACAUGAUGGAGUUGAAUACAGUGUUAUUGUAACCAGUGAGCUCUGGUCGGAAAGAGUUAUGUUGUAUUAUGUUGAAAACACUCCUGGAGCCUGGGCUAAACCGGAUAACAUCAAAUCCGUAGUUGUUGAUGAUGCUCCAGGGCAACCGUUUGAGUGUCACAUGGCUGAUCUGAACAAUGAUGGCAAGAUGGAAAUCAUUGCUAGUGCUUAUGAUACAAGGAAGGGUAAUGAGACAGGAAACCUAUGGGGUUAUGAAAUGACAGGGGAUUGGACUGAUGCUUCAGGUUGGAAGAGAAUAUCACUGGCAUCAGGAUUUAUUGCGAAUCCGUAUCUGUUCGGGAACUCUAUGACUCCUGGGAAACAGCGUCUCUUCUACCCUAGUGUGGAAUACGGACAAACCCUUAAUGAGCUUGGGAACCCUCCUAAACCGUGGAUAGCCCUGUCUGGAGAUGAUGAUGGUGUUCACUAUAUUAUGUUCCCCAAAUCAGAGGAACUAGAUAACUGGGAAUACGAUUUACAGGUUAUGGUUGAUACUGAGGAGACAACUGCUGGAACUAUGGCAGUAGUAGAUCUGGAUGGAGACGGAUAUAUGGAAAUAGUUUCUGCUGGCUUUACUGCUGGAACAGUUUAUGUUUAUACUUUCGCCCCAGAGGUUCAAUAAACAAUAAAUAGUUUAUUUUGAU